AUGCGAGCGCUCUCCUCCGUGGGCGUUGGCGGCGGCGGUGGCAGCGACACCAGCAACAACAGCAGGAGGAGCAACAACAAUCUUUCGACUGCUCCCUCGGCUCCGUCUCCCUCACCUUCACCAAGGCACGCCGGCGAUUCAUUGACAUCGCCGCCACUGAAAGGCACUCACCCACACACCACCACCACCACCACCAAUACCAAGCGUCCCCAGCAGCAGGGCAACAAUAAGCUCCAACAACACCAAAAACAUCUCGUCGUUCAGCAGGGCAAGCAAACGCCCGACUCGUCCCGAACUAGGAGAAACAUCAGGCCAUCCAUCUCACCCGCCACCCGCAUCAACCCCGCCGCAUCUGCUCAUCGUCCAUCAUCCAACUCGUCCAGACCAUCUGGGACGACGACAACGACAUCAUCCCGUCCAUCGGCUGCUCCCUCGGGUUCCUCUGGCCCUGGUGCCUCUGCUGCUCCAACCUCCGCAACAUCGUCGCCCGCCGCCGUCGCUGUCGACCGCAAACCCACGGCGGCCCAGCUCCGAACCACAAAUAAUCCCACAUCGACUAAUAACACCAAUCCCGCCGCCGUCGAUCGCUCGCCCACCCCUACCGCCGCUGCUACUGCUGCUACCACUACCACACGCCCACCACCACGGCCACUUACCGCUGCUGCCACUGGCCCACCAACGAUAAACGGGCCCCGACGCAUCACAGCUGCUGCCACCAGUGCCAGCACCACCAAAACAACCACCACCACCGCCGGCCCAAACACAACAUCGUCACCUUCACCUCCCACCAACACCACUACUUCAACGCCGACAACAACACCAGCACCGCAGCCCGCAACAACCCCAACGUCGACGCCAUCCUCAACCUCGAGACGACAGCCACCUGCCCUGUCCUCCAGCUUGCGCACACCCCUCCGCACACGAGACCAAAAUGUCCUGAACCCCUCUCGACCUGCAAACGCCGCGCGAGCGAAGCCUUCGCCUACCCCGUCGCCCACAAUCGGCACAUCACCAGCGUCCGCUUCCGCUACCUCAACACCCACCAUGCCCCCCUACGAGAAAGGGGGCAGCACGACCUCUCGCCAACCAGCGAUGCCUUCCCUCAGCGCAAAGGCAAUCGGUCGAGCUCCUCUGACCCCGAAAGUCGCUGCGAAACCUUCACCCCCGGUCGUCGCCCCCAUGGGUCGUCGCCGCAACGACAACACAAGUAACAACAACACAAAUUACCCCACACAACCGCACAUCAAUGGAGGGGGUGCGAGGGACGACCUCACGAGCCCUGCGCCUUUCCUCGCCGCGAAUAACAUCACACCUCGCACCGGCAGUCGCCAGAGCCGUGUGAGCAGUACCAACACAACCCCGAAUGGCACUCCGGACCCGGACAGGAACGAGUGGGAUCGCCAGCCGACACUCGAGCCUCCGAGACGACAGGUCGUCACCUUCAGCCCGCCUUCAAGCGUAAGCAGCAGGAACGAUGCAAACGAUUCAAAGUUUUUCUACGCCAGCGAGGCAAAACCAUCGCAAGCUUCUCAACCGAAAGCUCAGCCUCUCAAAGCCCAGCCCAGACCUCUAGCUCCUCAGCAGCGAAAUUCCACUUUCAUGUACGCCAACGGCGGUGCUGUCGAAAAGAACAGGCCUACGUCACCUGGUAUUGGUUUCACGCCUGUCCUGGCGCCGUCGCUUGCACCGUCCCUCUCUCCGCAACUUACGCCGGCGCCAGAGCCACCAUCGAGCAAGUUCUUCUACGCCAAUGGAGCUCCGAAUCUACAGCCUGGUUUCCGGCCCUCAUCCGCAGCAUCAAUGACGGGCUCAGUCACUUCGGCGUCGAGCAAGCUGCAUAGGACAUCAGCAGGUUCAGCGAAUGGCUUCCCUAUGGCCCAGCGACCGAUAUCACCAAACAAGCCAUCCCAACCUCCGACGUCCGCACCAUUAGUCAAGAGCAAUAGCAUGCCGCCUCACACUGUUGGCCGUGCCCACAUGACUAGCCCUCCGCCGCUCGCGCCGCCGUCACAUAAACGUAGGACGAGUACCGACACGCUCUCACAGGUGGCAAGUCAGGUCGGAUCAGAGGCACCAGCGACAGAUGCCAUGAUCAUGUCCAGAUUCAUGGCUUCACAAACAUCGACGCCCUCCGAAUUGCCGUCUCCGACAGUGCCGAGUUUCUUUGCGCAACAGCCGAUCACGAUUGCGUCAAUAAUACAGGCAGCAGACGAUCUGGAGGAAGAGGAAGAGGAGGAUUCGGCUGAUGAGGAUAACGACCUCGAAGACCUUCACAGCCCGACCAAGUCAUCUCACGGAGACCCCUUGAACGACAUGGUUCUCAACGCGAGAAGAGAGCGCAAGGUUCAGGAUCUUGAAAUCACCAACGCGUCUCUCGAGGCAAUCAACAGGUCGCUGGAAAAGCAGUUGCGGAAGCAGACGGCAGAACUCAGGAGGUACAAGAGGCUAUCAAGGUCCGGACGUCUGUCCGUCCCUCCUUCGGGCGGGUCGAGCCGGAUGACUUCUGCCGACUCCACUCCUGCAGGCCUAGGCAUUGAAGGACUGGACUUGUCGGAUCUCAGCGAGGAGGAGGCGGAGGAAAAUAUGGAUGAUUCCAUGUUUGAGUCUUCAGAGCUUUCCGAGACGGAUUCAAUGUCAAUAUCAAGUCCCAAGGAGGAUCCGGAACGAGACCUGCGUCGCCGGACUCGGGAUGAGAAGCGCUUGCAAUUGGAUCUCUCGAAACAUCGGGAAUUGCUCGUCGACAGCCAAAAGAUCAACGUGAGCAUCAAGAGAUGCUUGAAUUGGACAGAGGAGCUUAUCAAGGAAGGCAAGAAGGCCCUCGAGUACAACGUCCGCCCUAGCGACGUGGAGCUACCACCGCGGGUGCUCCGGCCGGCAUACCUUGAAGAGAACGAAGAUGCAGAGAAGGGGCAGAAGGAUGAGUUCACAACCUCAUUACCGAGCAGUCCGUUAGAUUCCCCGAGGAGUCUGUCGCCCCACUGGAGCAAUCCGCAGGACCGCGAUAGCGGAAUCGAGCUGCCUGCGGACGAAAAGAAGUACAACACAACAACAUAA